UAGGGCCACUGCCUGGCAUGUGCAACCUGAGGUCCAUGGCCGAUGACAUCACCUGCACACGGCCAACUGCUGUUUACUUUCUGCUGGCGACCGACGUGACUGGACCGAGGUCUACAGGCUGAAGGAGAACUGCGGAAAUGGUGUCUACUGGACAUGGAGAAGAUGGCGAGGAGGUGAAGAGGAAGAGUGAAGACAAGAGGAAGGGGGAAGAGGAAGGUGAAGAUGGAGUCAAGAGGAGGAGAGGAGAUGACGAUGGAGGAUCAGAGGAUGAGGAGCCAACACCUGGGAUGGUGUCCACUGGACAUGGAGAAGAUGGCGAGGAGGAGAAGAGGAAGAGGGAAGAGGAAGGCAAGGAUGGAGUCAAGAGAAGGAGAGGAGACGACAAUGGAGGAUCAGAGGAUGAGGAGCCAACACCUGGGAUGGCGUCCACUGGACAUGGAGAAGAUGGCGAGGAGGAGAAAAGGAAGAGCGGAGGCAAGAGGAAGAGGGAAGAGGAAGGCGAGGAUUUAGUCAAGAGGAGGAGAGGAGACGGCGAUGGAGGAUCAGAGGAUGAGGAGCCAACACCUGGGAUGGCGUCCACUGGACAUGGAGAAGAUGGCGAGGAGGAGAAAAGGAAGAGCGGAGGCAAGAGGAAGAGGGAAGAGGAAGGCGAGGAUGGAGUCAAGAGGAGGAGAGGAGACGGCGAUGGAGGAUCAGAGGAUGAGGAGCCAACACCUGGGAUGGCGUCCACUGGACAUGGAGAAGAUGGCGAGGAGGAGAAAAGGAAGAGCGGAGGCAAGAGGAAGAGGGAAGAGGAAGGCGAGGAUGGAGUCAAGAGGAGGAGAGGAGACGGCGAUGGAGGAUCGGAGGAUGAGGAGCCAACACCUGGGAGCAGCCAAGGAACAUUGGGCACCUACCCCAGACUAACGGUCAGCAGCUACCAUCUCCACCAGCUCCUGGGUAGGGGCAACUUUGGCAAAGUGGUCCUGGCAUCAGUCCCUGGUCAAGACACCUACAUGGCCAUAAAAAUCAUUAACAAAAAAGAGGACAACGAGGAUACCAUCAAGAGAGAGCUGCGGAUACUCCUGGCGGCCCGAGACUGUCCGUUUCUAUGCCACCUCUAUGCCGCACAUCAGUCUUUGGAGCGUGCCUACUUCAUCACAGAAUAUCUGUCUGGCGGCAGUCUGGAGGAUUUGAUCAGGGUGUGCGGCUAUCUGGACAUCGACAACAUAAGGUUCUAUGCAGCAGAGACGGUAUGUGGGCUCCAGUUCCUCCAUGGACAGAACAUCGUCCACAGAGACCUCAAGCCGGAGAACAUCAUGUUGGAUGCAGAAGGCCACAUCCGCAUCAUUGACCUGGGCCUGGCACAAGAUGGAGUCACCGCCUCCAGUAGGAUCGAUGGAGUGACAGGAACAUUCUACUACAUGGCCCCGGAGGUGCUUCUCGGGAAGGAGUAUUGUACAGCAGUUGACUGGUGGAGCCUCGGGAUUGUGUUGUGCAGGAUGGCAACAGGACGCUUCCCAUUUUACAUCGGCCACAGCAAGCAGAAGGUUUUCAGAGCCAUCACCAGAAAGGAGCCGAAAUUUCCACCCGGGAUGGAUGCUGCUAUUGAACAUCUCAUCACUCAACUGCUACGCAAGAAUCCGGACAAGCGCCUGGGGGUGCGAAGAAACAUCCGGACGCAUCCAUUCUUUUCCACCAUUGGCUGGAAGGAGCUGGAGGAGAAGAGAGCAGAGCCACCAUGGAAGCCGUAUAAGACAGUUCUGCAAAAUCACCAUCUGCAGUGGCCAGAGGACACAGAGACUCCCCAUCAUGUGACCGGAUUCAAUUAUACGUCACCAAGCUGGGCCCGGUGGAUGAGAAGAUCUGGACUCUGAGGACCCGGCGGCAACUGCCCAGAACCUCCGGUCUCUUGACCCCAUGCCUCAUGUCUCUGCUGCUGUUACCUUGGCUGCCCUAGAACAUCAUCUCCCGCCUCAACAUAGACUUGGCAUCCUUCAACCCAGGGCUGGCAUUCAACAUCACUGCAGCCCGAAGAUCCUCUAUGCCCCAGGAGCGGCCUGUGCUUAGAUUCCAUCUGGUGAGUUCAGGAACAAUAUUCGCAUGUUGUGGUCCUGGGAUGCUGAGUGAUGUCUAUUAUCCCUGAACUCACCCAAGCCCAGGCUGGGUAAGUACCACACUCACCACAACCCACACACACACCACACACACUACACAAUAGGGAUAAGUGCACACACAUAGACACAUACCACAGAUAGGGGACAUAUAUCGGCUCGAUCCAGGGAUUUAUUCUGACCGCCAUAUUUGGGGUCGGGAAGGAAUUUUUUCCCCUGAUUUGAGGACAAUUGGCUCAUUCCUUACAGGGGGUUUUCGCCUUCCCCUGGAUCAACAUAGUCGUAAAUAGGUUUAGCAAAUUAAUAUCAUGAAUUACCCUAUUAGUAACACAACAAAUUCUAAAAAACGUAAUAAUAAAAAAUAAUAAUAAUAAAACAAUAAUAUAUAUAUAUAUAUAUAAAUAUAUAUUUUUUAAUAUUAUCUUAAAAUUGUAUUUGUCCCAACCAUAAACAUUAGACUAGCACACAUGAAUAAUUAAAUAAAAUAAUAAUUUAAAUGAAUUUACCCCCCUACCUAUCACUCAGGUUUGGUACCAGCCUUUGAUCCAGGGAUUUAUUCUGACCGCCAUAUUUGGGGUCGGGAAGGAAUUUUCCCCCCUGAAAAUAAGGACAAUUGGCUCAUUCCUUACAGGGGGUUUUCGCCUUCUCCUGGAUCAACAUAACCGUAAAUAGGUAUAAUAUUUAGUGUAUGUGUGUGUAUAUAUAUUUAUAUAUAUAUAUUUAUAUAUUUUAAUAACAUAAAAAUUCCCUUUUACAAACAAAAGAUAUAUAUUAAAAAUAUAUAUAUUUGCCCUAAACAUAUACUUUAGACUAGUACACAAUUAUAAUAAAAAAUAAUUUAAAACUAACCUACACCCCUACCACACACAUAGAUUAGGUAUCGGCCUUUGAUCCUGGGAUUUAUUCUGACCGCCAUAUUUGGGGUCGGGAAGGAAUUUUCCCCCCUGGUAAUAAGGACAAUUGGCUCAUUCCUCACAGGGGGUUUUCGCCUUCCUCUGGAUCAACACGGUUCAGUACAACAGACCACAGACUUACACAUACACAUAUAUAUUAGUCUAAAGCAAAUUUGUUCAUCACUGUCCCCCCCAUCCCUAUAAAUAAACUCUUUCUUUU